AUGGAUCUAAUCGAAGAACGGAUACGACAAAGAGCAGCUGUACGAGUAGCCACAUUUGGAGGACAAAAGCAGUCAUGGAAUUAUAGAUCAGAAAUUGUUGGAAAGUUGGGACUGGAUAAGAAACACACAAAUAUCUGGUUGGCUUAUAUCGUCAUAAUUCUGUUUGGAUUCAGUGCCUUUGUGUACGUCAAGUCAAAUGUUGUUCUAAGCAGAAAAGAAGAAAUGGAACAGCGAGAGAAAUUACGCCGCGAACUGAAAUUGGCUGGUGCAGAUCGUAAGAAAUUAGGUAUUGUCGAUGGUAGUUAG